AUGUCGCAGCAGCGUGUCCUGAAAGUGGUUGUUAUUCUAUAUGCCUUGGUGCGCAUGGCCAUCAAUUUGUACUUUUCCAAGCUUGUGCUUCUUCGUUUGCCCCUUCAUUUUCCUUUGCCAGAGAAUUGGUCGCAACAACGGUGGCGAGGAUUCGGACCUGCUGAUGCUCUUUGGCAACCUUGGUUUCUCUGCAGCAGCUGGCCACAAGCGAAGGAAGCUUCUGCUUUGUGUGUGGAGUUUUCAGGAAGACUCUUGACACAAGAAGACUGCAAAGUCACCGUGGAUUACACGAUCCUAGCAGGUUGUUUCGCGAUGCCCUUGGUUCCCGCCCUCGGAGCCUACAUCCUCCUCAGCAAAUCUGAUCGGUUUGCUGAGGACUCGCGACUCCAUGUGUGGUGUCGCCGCAACAUCUUUUUCUUGGCAGCGAUGUUCUGUCUUGACCCUGGCUUUACCGCCCCUGUCGAACUUCACACUAUAUCGUACUACAUAUUUUUGACUUGCGAGGUUCUCUCCAAUGGCAUGCAAGCGAUAUGUACCAAUAUGAAGCUGCGAUGUCUAUCAUGGGACCGCACCGCCAGGUGUUGUGAAGUGCUUAUGGUGAUCUUUGUUUGCAUGGCUUCUGUCAUCCUCGUGCUAUACAACACGGUGCUUGCCGGCUUGCCAGAAUAUUUUACGUAUUCUGUGAUUUGUUUCCUCACUCUCCUGCCGAUAUGUGGUGCCAUUUUUGGUUUCCAAUUUUGGGCCUUUUGCUGCACCAUUUACGCGGCCAAGACACAAUAUCGGGACAACUGGGAAGAUGUUCGCUCGACAGUCCUUCUUUUAGGCAUCAAUGCCUUACUGACGUUGAUUGGGCCCCUGAUCUCAGGUGUUGUAAUUGCAUGUGUGGCGAUGGAGCUCUUUUCGCGAAACACAAACAUCUCCCAGCUUGCUGGUUCUGAACUGCUAGUUGCUUUUGAGUUCGGUCUUCAAAUCUUCAACUCACUUGUGCUAUGCGGAAUGAUUGGUCCAUGGAGCAGGCCGACCGAGGUUUUCACUGAGCUUGCUACACGUGGCUUUGUGGUUGCCAAGCGCGUGCCGUUUAAAGGAGUAAUAAACCCUGAAGCUCGCGGCUGCAUUGCCUCAUUCCCUGGAAAAUACGCUGAGCGGUGGGCUGAAGCUGUAGCUGAAGCGACACAGUCAACGGAUUGCUCUCUUGCCUGUGUGUUCCUCACUGAUGCAGCAUCAGGACUUGGAAUGCACGCGCGCAAUCCUGAAACAGAUGAGUGCUGGUGCAGGGCUCUCUAUGGUGACGUGCCUGCCGAAGCAUACCUCAGCAUUGUGGACAAGCACGAUAAGGACUUUGUCUUCAGAAGGGCUGAUUCAGAAGCCAUGGGUCAACAUUUGCUCAUCAAAGACUCCAGUCUCAGCCAGCUUGAAUGGGACACCAAGAAGGAAGCAGCAAUGUGCCUGGUAGAGAAGAUGUCUCGGGAUAACGAUCGUCGAGCCCCCUGGGGCUGUCAAUGGUUUGAAGAAUGGAUGAAAAACAUUGAAGCAGCCUCAGGGCAGAAUCAACAGCUGCAUGUCUUCUAUUUUCAGAGCUUAGUUGGGCGAGGCAAAGUUUCAUGGUCCCAGCUUUCAAACGAAGAUGCCAUCGAAGCGGCUCGAAAGUCGACAGGUCUCGGGGCUUCCCAAACGGCGGAGGUGGCCUACCUCGACAAGCUGGGCUUGCCAUAUGUCGAGCAUGAUGUGAUGGACUUUCCUGAAGUCAUGGCACGAUUGAGAAGCAGUGAGGUUUUUCAGAGCGUUUGA